ACCCCUAACCCCCCUCCCCCUUUCCCAUCUCACCUCACCUCCCCCUCUCUGCUCUGGCUACAGACGGAGAGAUGCAGUCCUUCCGUGAGCGCAGCGGUGGUUACCACAGCAACCAACCCUGCUACCAGCAGGAGCCCCAUGAAUUAUCCCGACUGGAGACCUACCGGCAACAUCCACAUCAUCCCCACCCCCAGCACCCACACCCAGGCCCUGGUCCACAUCCAGGUCCAGGCCCAGGGCUCACCAGGUCAGGCUAUGAACCUCAUUCACUAGCAAACCCCACAAGCAUGCCUCCAGUUGGAGGACCAGGAACUGGAGGAGGACCCAAGGACUGUUACAGCCAGCAAGCCUAUGCUGUUUACCCAGGCAAUAGUGGAGGAAAUGGCAGUGAAAGUGGGGGCUCAGCAUCGUCGCAGGCAAAAAAAUCCUACAGAGGAAGCAAAGUGCCCCCACCAAAUCCCAGUCAGCACCUGCAGGGCGCUGGGGGCUAUGGAAACCAUAUGGGCUCUGGGAAUUACUCAGCGCAGUAUAUGAGCGAGGGCCACCUCCAGCAGAAGUGGGAGGACCCGGCCCAAUUAACUCAGUAUGACCAAGACUUGGUGGGGCGUAUGGAGGCUAGUGGUACUCCUACACCUGGCCCCUCCCAAUACAUCGACCAGAACAUCCUAGGCCACUCCCAGACCCAGUGCCACCAGCAGUCUGCCCCUGCCUAUACCAGUCCUCACCACCAGUCCCACCCACCUAACCCUGCCUCCUCCUCUCUCAUGUAUCCCCAGAGUCACCUGCACUACCCCCAGCACUCACCUUCUCCAUCACCAUACAUGGAAAAGUGUAGCCCUAUGCCCGCCUGUUAUAAGGGUUACAACAUGCCUCCGAAUUCACAGUAUGGCAGACAAAUGAGCAGCCACGGCAAUCUGAAGCAGGCGGGUUACAGGUCGGCCCAGAACAGUUACGCCUACCAGCAGACCCCCACCAGAGGUUAUGAGCAGCAGGCUCCUUUACAGGCAAUGGCAAACCCCCAGGAGCCCCACCCAAAAUACCAACACUACAGCCAACCCCAACAAAACUACUGUCUCUCAGAGCUGUCUGUCAGAUCACCAGAACAGUAUUAUCAGACUUGUAGCCCCUCUUCAAGCCACUCCCCUGCACGCUCUGUAGGACGUUCCCCCUCAUACAGUUCCACCCCUUCACCACUAAUGACUAAUCCAGAGUCGUUUCAGUAUGGCCAACCUCCCAUGACCCCUGGGGCAGCCUCAUCCUCUUCAUCCUCUUCAGCCGGUAUGCAGGAGCAAGCCAGUGCCAACACCAUGUUGAUGCCUCCUCGCUCACACCCCUCACCCAACGUGCCACAUGCGGCCCCGCACAACUACACCUCCACACCGCAGGUCCCCACCAUGAAAGAGCGCUUCUCGGAGAAACUGCUCUCAAACCCCAGCUUGUGGAGCCUGAACGCCCUCACCUCUCAGGUAGAAAACAUAUCGAAUAAUGUCCAGCAGCUGCUGCUUUCAGAGGCUCUGGUUGCCAACAAGAAAGGCAGUAAGCGCAGCAGUGGAGGGAGCAACAGCAGUGCUGGAAGUGGAUCAUCCUCCAAAAAGGGUGAGGAGUACAAAAGUCCUCCAUAUCCAGAUGGUGGUGGUGGUGGUGUUGGUGGAGGCCCCAUGCAAGACCCGUAUUCUACCCCACAGCACCAGCCAAUGCCCAUGGAACUCCAUGAGGGAGGCUACUCUAGCAGUAGCGAUGAACAACUGGAGAGGGGCUACUACUACUGUGGCCAGGGCCGAAGCCCAGCACAGGCCCCAAACAACACACACCUCAACUUGGACACAGCCUCGUCAUGUUCCAUGACAUCUCCAGAUGAUAUGUCCACCAGGUCUGGGGACUCAGGUCUGCACAACCUUACUCCUGAUCCCACUAGAUGUCAGUCAGGGCAGGGAGGAGAUGGCAUGAGUACUCCAGUGAAGAGCAUUAGUGACGAGAGGUCUCCUACGAGCAUUACAAUCUCAAGCCCCAUGAAACAAGAAAUAGACUCCCCAUCGGAUAGGCAGCAUAACAAUGAUCCUGUCAAAGAGAACUUUGAAGAAUCUGCCUGGACAGAAAAAUCAGCUGACAAAGAGGAGGUGACAACAGAAAAAACUCCUGACCACAACAGAGAUGUAGACAAAGCUAAAUCAACAGAGAGGCUGGAGGAAUGGACAGAUAAAGAUAAAUGCCCCGCUCUCUACUGCAAAGCAGAUAAAGAGGUGACAGAAAAAAGCUAUUGCUAUGAGGAGACAGUGUACCAAGGGGUCCAGAGCAAAUAUGAUCCUGUUGCAAGAGACUUAGUUGAACAGUCCCCAGCAGCUCUUUCUGAUUCCAGCCACAAGGAACACUUUGGCCAAGAGAUAAAAUCAGAGGCAUUCAAAUCUGAGUCUCCAACUGCUUCUGAGAGCUCAGUGAAAACAUUGCCUUUCUUUUCUGGAGGUGACCUUGAACAGGAUCAAUAUUCCUCAGAGAAAGAGGAUAGCUCAGAGAACACCUCUCCAACCCCCCAGGUUGAGGCUUUGGAUGAGAGCAAUUCAGACAAGAGAGAGAGCAGAGAUGAGGAGGAUGAAGAGGAAGAUGGGGAGGCUGAUGAAGAAGAUGAUGAUGAAGAUGAUGAUGACGAUGAAGAUGAUGAAGAAAUAAUACAGAAACAACAGCAACAUGCUCUUUCCCCUCUGUCUACAGAGGUUAUGGAGGAACUGGGGGAAGGGGAGAAAAUGAGCAAGUCAAUGACUGAGCAGCACAUGAAUAAUAGAGAUGGGCCAGAGAAGCCUCCUGGAGAUAUUUGCAGCAGGACUGAAAGCAUUGAGCUCCACAUUGACAAUGAGUUUGCAGGUGCACCUGCCCAUCCAAAUGCAGCAGCAGUAACAGCUGCAGCAGAUGCUUCCACAAGGGAGUCAGCCAUUGGUGACACCGCUCCUCAGCCCCAGUCUGCUAUGCCAGUCUUCUCAGCUCUCAAUGAGAAGGCAACACCUCCAGCUCAGACUAGAGAUCAUAUUGAUCACAGUGAUGCUAAAGUGCUGGAGCCAGACUCUCCUCAGCUUCCAGGAAAGUCAAUACUUCCCUCAGCCCCCUCUUGGGCAGACACUCCACCCUCCCCCAAAAAAGGUGAUGAGGACAUGGAGCCAGGCAUCAGCUGUGCCAGUGCAGUGACCCCCUUGGCCAAGCCAGAGCCUGUGGCCCCAUCUGCUCAGCCGAGGGCAUUUGGACGUAAGCAUGCCAGGGGCAGAAGAAGAAUCAUACAUUCAGGUGUCGGAAUCAGGCGACAGCUAAGCUUGGAGAGGGAGGGUGAGAAGGAGGAGGAAGGAGCCCCCUCACCUACACAGAAACCCUGCAUGCCUCCAAGCAAAACUGUGCUAUUCUCAGAACAAAUGGACCUAGCUCAUCAGGGAUCUAUUGUGAGUCAGACUCCCAAAAUGGUGACUGAUGGUUUCCGUUCAAGAAUGUGCACUCGCUCAUUCAAUGCACCAGAUUUGCCUCCUAAAGUCGAGCCUCAUGUGAAGAGAAAACCAGGCCCAAAACCAGGCCCAAAACCUGGACCAAAACCAGGUCUAAAACCUGGACCAAAACCAGGACCAAAACCAGGAGCAAAGCCAGGUCCAAAACCUGGGCCUAAACCUGGGCUCAAACCUGGACCUAAACCAGGUCCGAAACCAGGACCAAAACCUGUGCCAAGUGAACAAGAGCUUCCCCAGAAAGUUGACACUCCUGUUAAACGAAAGCCAGGACCCAAACCAGGUUCAAAACCUGGAACAAAACCAGCUAUAAAGCCAGGUCUAAAACCAGGACCUAAGCCUGGGCCCAAACCUGCAGAUGUUUUGCCCCCCACUGACACUGCGCCCAUCAAGGCCCCAGUGGGUCGCCCUAAAGGCUCAGUUUCAAAAGCAAAGCUGGUACAACAAGAAGAAAACACUCAACCUUUGACAGGGCUUCAAAACAGGGUCAGAAAGAGUCUAAAAGCUACAAUAUCACAAGUAAACCAGGAUGUAAAACCAGUAAAUGUGGAGGAGAAACAAGCAAACCGUGAAGUUAAGGCACCAGAGAAGGGAGGUAAGAACAUGGUCUUGAGAUCCAGAAAACCCUCUCAAGAAAAACUGUCAAAAGAAAAGGAAAAAAUCAUGGGGGAAGAUAUCCUACCCCACCCACUGACAGAAAUCAAAACUGAUGAUGUUUCUCAAAAAGAAGAGGAGCCUGUGACUGUGGAACAAACUCUCACUUCCAUUCCUAAUGCAGUAAAAAACACUGAUGUUCCAGCAGACCCACCUGCACCACUUGCCUCACCAGUCCCAACUGAACAAUCUGAAGAAAAUACAUCACUUCCACUAAAACGGAAACCAAGCCCAGAACUUUCUAUUUCACCAGCAAAGAAAAAGAGGGGUCCAAAGCCCAAACCAAAACCAGUACCAUUUAAAUCCCCCCAGCUUGAACAGGAUGUCUCUACACCUAAAGAGAAAGCUGUCCGGGGGCCCAAAAGAAAGCGAGGGCCACCCAAGAAAGCUUCUGUGGUCACUCCGCCAACCAAAGACACUCCUCCCAACAUCAGUGAGACGGACAUCACAAGUGAUGUGCCCAUGGUGCCACCUCAGUGCCCCACUAGAACAAAAGUUCUUCCACCAAGAAAAGGCAGAGGACAGAAAUAUGAAGCCAUGGUGCAGAAAAUUACAUCUCCCAGCUCUAAGAAACACCUCCCAAUUCCCCAGAUAGACAGUAACCUAACUGAUGAUGUUACAUCCAAGGCUUUGUCUCAACAUGUCAUAAAGGAAGGUGAGACGCCUAUGCUUAUAAACAGCACGGAGAUAAUAGAGGGAGGAGUGAAAUGCAUAGAGUCCAGACGGGAAGACAAGAAGAGUCAAGUGGCUUCGACACCAGAUGAAGUGAGACAUGGGGUGGAAUAUGAGGUUGUAAAUAAGGAGAUUAAAAGACAGGAAACAAUUAAGCGAGAGUUACAGCUGGAUGGUGGAGCUAACAAGAUUUGGAGUUCAGUGGCUCCAGGGGAGUGGACACGGCUAACUUCAGAAGGUGUUCCUACAGCCGUUACUAAGUCUUCCAGAACUAAAAGGAAGAGAUGGGCUAUGGUGGAGAGUACAGAUGCGUCUGUAGUAGCCUUGGAAGCUGGGAGCUUGAUAGUUACAACACCAAGGUUAGCCAAGCAGAGGGCCAUUAAAAACAACCAUGAGAUGCACCUAAAACAGAGGAGGAAGAAGAGAAAAAUCCAAGACCCUCUCGAAGAGGCAGGGCCAUUUGAAGAGACAAAUAUUGAAACAGCAGAACAAGAACAGGAGAGGGUAGAAGAGAAGGUAUUCCCUGAAGAGUCCACACUACCUGUGCCAAUCAGCCAAGACGAGAUCACAGAAACCCCCAAGGUUACCAGCACAGAACUCAUCCAGAAACCUAGGAGAGGCAGAAAACCAUCAGCAAAUCCAACCAAGAGGAAACAAGGCAAAGCCUCAUCAGAUCAGGUUCUCGGCCAGCCAGUGAAGGUCCACAAAAAGCCUGGACCAAAACCUGGCAUGAAAGACGCCAUUGAGGUUAUUGAAGCAGUAGUAAGGGCGGCAGGAUGUGAACAGGAUGACAAAGAAGAGAGAGAGAAAGAGGAAAGAGAAAUAAGUGAAACAGAGAAUAAGGAAAAGCAGAAGACAUAUGUUGUGGGUCCUAUGGUGACAAUAUCAGAAAACCAGACUGAGACAAUUUCUGUGAAAAGAAUCCGGCGCAGAGCAGUAAAUCAAAAUUCAAAACUGUCUUUUUGUCCUUAUGUACGGAUUAACAACUCUAGAGAUUUUUCCUCAUGGUGUGCCAUAGUCAACAAGCCUGAGGAUGCAGUAAUAUUCCAGAGACGUAGAAAAAAGGGCAUUCUCAGAAUGAAGAAUCCUUUCACAGUUGCCAAAGUAGUACCACACACUGCUGCCAUGCUACAAGGACCCUUGGUGAAUAAAGAUCUGAUUGGGAGGUGUCUCACAUGCUGCUUGUGUGGACAGCCAGCAAAUUACAGAGACCUAGGUGAUUUGUGUGGACCCUACUACACAGAAGACGGUGUUCCACGGAAACUUUUGACCAUCACGCACACAGAAUCCCUCGGGGGAGAAUCAGAGAAGAUCAGUGAAUGCAGCAGUGGCGGCAGUGAAAACCCGGGCAGCUCCACAAAGCAUGAGGAUGAGAGCAUCACAGGAAAGGAGGGCAACGCAGACGCAUCCUCUCAAGAGGGCAGCAGUAACAGGACCCAUCAUUGGCACUACCGACGGGCAGAAAGAACAGAAAGAACGGGUCGGGAGGGUGUUUCACGAAGAUUAACUCUCCGAGAGAGGUUCAGGAGGAUGAAGCAGCUCCAGGCCACCAGCACCGGGGUCUCCAGUGACCAAGAGGGCAGUGACAGCAUGUUCCAAAGGCUACAAGCAGAGGCAGAGGCUAAGGAGCACUGGGCCCAUGAAAACUGUGCCAUUUGGACCAAGGGGGUAAUUAUGGUAGCUGGGAGGCUAUUCGGACUGAAGGAGGCUGCCAACAACUCAGCCCAAACGAGCUGCUACAAGUGCCAGAUUGUGGGGGCGUCCCUCAGCUGCUGUUGGAGAGGCUGCUCUCAUAAAUACCAUUAUGUCUGCGCCAAAGAGAUAGGCUGCACAUUCCACGAGGAUGACUUCUCCAUCAAAUGUCCUAAACAUGAGGACUUGUAAGAUAUUCCAGUGCACCACCACCUCCUCCACCGCCACCUUGUCAGCCAGGCGAGCAGCACCUGUCCAAGCAAGGCGAAGGAGAUGCUGUUCUAACAGCCACCUGCACCCGAAGGAAGAGAAGAGGAGGCAUAUGGUGACGGUGACCGAUGAUGGACAGGCAUGUCGGGACUGGGGGGCGAAGGUAAAAUAAAAUUUAAAAAAAGAAGCUGCGCUGAGGCGAAGCUCGGGGCAAUGCGACCCCUGGAACAGAGCUCCGCGGAGAAUAGCUGCUCCCCGGACCAGGCCCGGAAAUACAUCUCACUCAACCGAGCCCCCUGACUGGAAGGAAGAAGGCAGCGGCACUGUUGACCGGGAGGGCGCGUUGGAAACCGUGUGCCUGUGAGGCCCGGUGCACAGGGCGGCAGCGCGAGGGUGUGUGUGUGUGUGUGUGUGUGUGUGUGCGCUGCCCGACGAUGGCUUGCUAUCAUAUUCAAACACCUGGCCGUCACCGAUUGGACAGGAGCAUCCCUCCGGCCACCUUGUCCGCCAAGAGAGGCGUGUGUGUGUGUGUGUGUGUGUGUGUGUGUGUGUGUGUGUGUGUGUGUGUGUGCGCGCGCGCGAGCGUGUGCGAUAAUCAUAAAUCCAUUCGACGGUCUCAUCACCAUGUGUCCGUGUGAGAGAAGAAGACAACAUCUCGAGAAAAAAAAAAAGCAGCAGCAGCAGCAGCCCACCACUGGAUGGUCUGUCUCAACGUGUGCGUUUGUGUUUAAAAACAAGAGACAACAACUCAAACAAAAAAAGGAAUCUGUUCCUUACAGGUUCUAAAGAUUCUGAUUUUGAAGAGUUGAGGGAGAAGAAAAACCCGGACGCAGUAUUUUAAUAUAAUGCUCUUAUCUUAUCGGAGAUGUAUUUUGAUGUGCAUUAUGACUAUACAACAUCAUUGCGUCACCCUUGGUAUACUGUAUGUCAGGCUUUGUGUUAUUCAGAGAAUAAAAAAAGGCAUAUGGAAAAGAAAAAAACAAGACAAAAAAACCAAACAUGUUUAAGAAUCCAUUCAACUGUGUGCACAUACAAUAUGUACAGAUGCCGCCAUCAUCACUUGACAGGAUGCAGGUCAGGGCUCCAAGGGUCCAACUGGGAGGCCAGGUCAUCUCACCUCAUCAUGUACAGCUCAUAAGUAUUACUGUAAGUCAUCCCCAUGAUGUAUAAUUAUUUCACCAACCACAGCCGUGCAGAAAGAUAUUCAUCCGAUUCAGAUUUCAUCACACACCUGUUUAUGUAUCUCAGAUGUAGCCUCUUCCACUCUGCCAUGCUCUGUAACAACGCCCUGCACAGGGAGUCGGUCCAAGUACUGGUCAUAUCAAAAAGGAGACAUAUUUAAGUAUUAGAGCAUAAAAGAAAGUGCAAAAAUCGCCACACCAAACUUUCUCUUUUAUGAAACUCAUAAUUUAAUGGUGUAUAUAAGUAUUUGAUGCUGUUUAAAUGUAAGAUGUGAUGUACUAAUAUAACUGUGUAUAGUAUUUCCUAGAGAUGUUUAUUUUCUAUAAAAUGGAAUAUGUUAUUGCUUAUAAAAUGUUAUUAAAAGAAUCCAUUGAUGAAAAAAAAUAACGACCUUUUUUGGGAAUGUCACUUCAGUUGGAGCAUGCCGUUUUAAUUGAUUUUCAUGUCUUAUUUGUUUGGAAUUGAUGACACAGCAUCACUUUGUUUGAAAUGUUUUUUGUAACGCCAAUGUUAAAUAUACCAGCACCUUUCAAUGCUGCUAUGACCAA